GCCGCCCCCUAAAUCUUAUGCCGCGGCAGCUGUUGGUGUGAGACCGUUGAUAGCAAAUGACAUCGAUAUCGCUGUUUAAAUCGGCUCACCAUUGGCUACACAUAUAUCUAGAAGAGUCGUUCAUCCUGGGGGAUCGCGACAAGCAAUACUGCAGAUGCGCGAAUGGAUCAGCGCGUGCGACGGAAACCACAUCUCCUGUAAUAUCCUUUCAGAGACGCCCUUACCGAACCGAGUGAUCGAAGUCACCAAUCCGGUGCGCCUACGAAUCUCAGCCGGGAUGAGAGCGAAAUACGUGACUUUGAGCCACCGAUGGCGUUCCAAGCCCUUCCUGCAAUUAACAACCUCAAACAUUGAUUUGCUGCAGCAAGGCAUCUCACUAGAAGGACUACCAGAGACCUUCCAGGACGCUAUUCAGGUUACGAAGGAGCUCGGCAUCCGCUAUCUUUGGAUUGACUCGUUAUGUAUUGUCCAGGAUGAUUUGAACGACUGGAAGCGAGAAGCAAAGCGUAUGGCCAGCAUCUAUCAAAACUCGUAUUGCACUUUGGCAGCAACGAUGUCACACAAUGGAGAAUCAUUCUUGAAUCAAAACGUGAAUGGUCAAUCACCUGGGUACGCUUUUGAUAUUGAUAAGAAAAACCCGGCCGCCGGUCAAUUCUACAUGGUUCAAGUGGUUCUUCCGGAUCCACGUAAUCAAAUCCGCGAUCAAGAACUCAAUCAUCGUGGGUGGGUCUUUCAAGAACGUCUGCUCUCAAAACGGCUUAUACAUUUCGCUCGGCAUCAGAUAUACUGGGAAUGUAGUACCGAAGCUUCAUCCCAGGACGGCAACAUAUUUAGCAAGGUUAACUUUGCUGAUUUUCUUUUCCCACUGCCUGCGCUUGCCAAGGCUCUUACCCCUCACAAUUCUCGGCCCGUAUCUGAAGCAGAGAUUGACCGCCUAUGGUUGCACAUUGUCGAACACUACUCUGAAUGCCAGUUCACCAACGAGCAAGAUCGUUUGCCAGCAAUUUAUGGUCUCGCUAAUUAUUUGAGGUCGUUCAACCCUAGGAGGAAGUAUAUUGCUGGACAUUGGUUCGAGUCAAUCAGUGGCCGCAUCCCGCCUACGGUAUUCUGGAUCCCGGCCUCACCCCCAGGAGAAUCCAUGAGACUGCCUGGGCCAUCUUGGUCCUGGUCUUCCUUUCUCGGUGGAGUUACAUUUCAGGGUUCGUCGGUCCAUGUAGAGCCCGAGCUGGAGAGUUGGGAAACAAUCCUCGAUGAGGAAUGGAACCACGACGUGACACUCAACAUUCGAGGCAAGAUUCGCCUAUUUAGGCUCGGAUCCUCAGCCGAGGGGUCACGAUUGUCUGCAUUGCUUGCGGAAUCUGAAAGUGGGGACGUGCCACCAUCUGUUGCGGGCAAUAUCACCUUGGACUACCCUGGCCACAAGCCGCAAUACGCUCACUGUUUAUAUCUAACCGAAGACUUUGCGGGAUAUGUGAAGAUGCUUGCGCUGGAAAGGACCACUAAACCACACACAUAUAGAAGAAUCGGAAUUGGCUCGAUGUCGCAGCAAUUUGCUUGGCUCUUUCGAUCAGUGCCGGUAGCAAGGCUCGUACUAAUAUAAUAGUCUAUCACUUCCAAGGCACGACUGGCCGGCACCUUAAGCUUAAUUUCUCUAGGGUCAGCUUGAGCCGGCUGGCUCGUUCGAGAAGCCGGCGGUUGUCAAAGCAUC